UUUUUUUUGAAUCUUCCCGAAAUUAACCUGCAAAACUACUAUUCCCUCACAGAGCAUACACGCUAAGGUUUCACCGGAACCGGAUCCAAUUUGAGUUAAAAGAACGCCGGAACUUUCAGGAAGUUCCGGUGAAACCUUAAUACACACUACUUCCUUUAAUAAUUAAUUUUCAAAUAUAAUUCCCGUCUAUUUUUUAGAUUUUUUUUAAAUUCUUAAUAAAUUUUUUAAAAUCUUAAAAUUAUUUUAAUUAUCAUAAAGAAUAUAUUCAACUAAUGGAUGUCAUUCCAAGCCCCCAUCAACAACAAUUAUUAACUGAAGUAUCCGCUGGCCCACCAGAAAAAAUAACUAGUGAUUAUAUUGAAUUAAUUUCUUUGAUUAUUCUCUUUAUUAUCGGUGCACCUUUGAAUUUGGCUGCAUGGACACAGAUCUCAGAAAAGCCAGUUUCAUCAAGAUUGGACAUGCUUAAAAAACAUUUAAAUUAUUCUGAUCUUUUAGUUCUUUUUAUUUACGUUCCUUCUAGAGCUUGUUGGUUAGUAACAUAUGAUUGGCGUGGUGGAGACCUUUUAUGUAGAUUAAUAAAAUUUGCCCAUACAUUUGCUUUUCAGAUCUCAUCUAAUGUAAUUGUUUGUAUUGCCCUCGAUCGUUUACUUUCUGUUCUUAGUGCAACUUGCCGAAUGAGAAUAAUGCUUUUAAUUGCUUGGAUUGCUGCUGCUGUUAUUUCAGCCCCCCAAUUUGUUGUUUGGAAAUUAUAUCAGGCAUUUGACAAUCCCCCAUGGAGUCAAUGUAUGCAAAUAUGGGAAAUAGAACGAUCACAAUUACAACGAAAUAAUAAUUUUCACCUCGUUUCUAAUGAUUCGACAAUAAAAUUGCUUGACAGCAAAUUACUCGAUGAGGAAAGUAUUUACAUGAUUUUACAUAUGUUACUUAUUUUUUGGAUUCCAGCUUGUAUCAUUAUGUUGUGUUAUUUACUUUUAUCUUGUUGGGUAUAUAUUAAUUCUAAACCAAAUUUUUUUGAUUUGGUUAAUUCUGCUGAAAAGGAUGGAAUUGGGGAACAACAAAUACAAAUGGUUAAUUUAUUAAAUAACCAACAAGCACAGCAAAGUCAGAAACAUCAAACAGCACAAAAUGCAUCAAAUGGAGGUGGUGGUGGAAUGUUAGUUGCUUUACGUUCUAGCCGUGUUUCCUAUCAACUUGCUCCAAUAAAUAACAGCACAACUACACAAGGCCAUGAAACUCAAAAUACAACAUUAUUUACUAAUAAUAUUUCAAAUAUUGAAUCACCCAAAACCAAAAAACCAAUGAUUGUAUUAAACGAUGAAAUGCUUCUAUCUUUAUCCCCAAGUCAAUCACCCCAACCGGGAAUUGAUUCUUCGGAAGUAAAACAAAAUAAGCAUUUAAAUGGAAUAGCAGAAAUGGUUAAACAAAGGGAAAAUGAACAAAGAAAUAGUUCCACUACUUCAAAUGAAGCAGCUGCCGCUUUACUUUUAGCCUCAAAAAGGCAAAGGCAAUCAUCAUCUUAUAGUGCAAAAUCACAAAGGUUUUGA